CUCGUCACCAAGUCCAGCCACAAAUCGAAUGCUGCGUUCAAUAUCCAAGGAUGUCCAGCUAUCCUUGUGGACACUGAACGCGCGCAACAGCCUUAGAUGCCGUCCAGCUCUCGUUUCAAGACAUUAUACGCCUUUGAACCAGAUUCCAGACUCUGAACGCUCAAAGGUCACUCCACCCCCGCUGCCAGCGUCCAGAAAACCCAAGAUUGACCUGCGUCCUGCACCCAUAAAGCCCAAGAGCAUCCCGCCAUCGUCCAAGGCACUUCCAAAUGCUCCUGUCAGAUCCAAGCCAACCCACAAAGCACCCCCAACUCCGUCUCUGAACGAAGCAAAGGUCACUGCACAGAAAGACCUCACCGACGCCCAGCGCCACGGCAUCAUCCCUCCCCCGCCCCCAGACGCAGGCUGGGCCAAGGCAACCCUUCACAAACUCAUCGAACUCCUCAAAUUCUACUACCGAGGCGUCAAACUCAUCUUCACCCGCCGCAAAGAAAUCGCAGCAAUUCGUGAACGGAUAAAGGCUGGUGGUGCCCCCUUGACAAGAGCCGAGUUCCGCUUUAUCCAAACUCAGAAGGAUGAUGUGAACAAGGUGGUACCGUUCAUCAUCAUCGCAUUGCUGCUGGAGGAAGUCAUCCCUCUUAUCGCCAUCUACGCUCCCUUCAUGCUCCCCUCCACUUGUAUCCUCCCUUCCCAGCGUGAGCGCAUCGAGGAGAAACGAGCAGAGAAAGCACUGGCCACCGUUGAGGCUUCCAAGUCCGUUUUUGAAGCUCUCAAGGAGAGAGCUUCUUCCAACCAACUUCCUCUCGUCGCUCUAAAGGAGGUUGAGGGUGCUCCAACCACCCUGUGCAGUGUCCUGGGUCUCUCAACACUAGGCAUGGACGCCUUGCGGAUACGGAGAAUAAGACAACGUCUCACCUUCAUCACCGAAGACGAUUCCCUCCUCAUGCAAGACCACGCCACCCUCUCUGAUCACGAAGUAAAGGAAGCUCUGGCCGAGCGCGGGCUCUUCCCGAGCCCCAAGUCCACCUUUGCCGAAAAACGUAACCUCCUCACUUGGUGGCUCAACGCUGUCCAGAACACCCCUUCGCAAGACGCAGUUGCAACACGUCUAUUCCUGAUCGUCUCUAGACACACCACCUAG